AAACAACUAAGAUAAUAGAAGAUAUAAGAGCAAUAAAAGAUACUAAAGAUACAGAUAAUAAUAGUAAUAGAGACAAAGAAGUGUUAGAAAAUACAAAAAAUCUAGAUAGUGAAAGUUAUAAAAGU